AUGGCAACCGAACGAUUACUCUCAAAACCAGCCUUGUUAGUGGCGUUACUGACGCUAAUGAGUACGGCGGCAAUACGGAGGUCGGAAGCACAAUUGUCCACAAACUUCUACGCCAAAUCAUGCCCCAACGCCCUCCCUGCAAUACGAACCUCCAUAAGGGCGGCAAUCGCCAAGGAUCCGAGGAUGUCUGCUGCCCUAAUCCGGCUCCAUUUCCACGACUGCUUCGUCCACGGAUGCGAUGCUUCCAACCUGCUCAACAAUUCCCAAACCAUCAAAUCCGAGAAAGACUCUCCACCAAACGUAUCCACAAGAGGCCACCAAGUCAUCGAUGCCGCCAAAGCCCAGCUCGAGACCAUUUGCCCCGCCGUCGUCUCCUGCGCCGACAUUCUAGCCGUGGCGGCACGAGACGCCUCUGCCUUCGCUGGAGGCCCGUCGUGGGACGUGAAGCUUGGCAGGAGAGAUUCCACCGCCGCGUUUCCUGACGAGGUGAUGGGGAAUCUCCCCUUCUUCAAUUCCGAUCUCCAGAUCCUCAUUGAUCUGUUCAAGCGAAAAGGGCUCAGCCCAAGAGACAUGGUCGCUCUCUCCGGAGCCCAUACUUUGGGCCUGGCCCCAUGCUUUAGCUUCCGCGAAAGGAUCCAUAGCAACAACGCUAAUAUCGACCCUGGGUUCGCUAGCGCCCUCAGGCGCCGCUGCCCGGCGGUUGGCGGGGAUUCGAAUUUGGUGGCGAUGGACAUGACCCCGGACAAAUUCGACAACAACUACUUCACGAAUAUAGUGCAGAGGAAGGGACUCCUCAAAACCGAUCAGGUCCUUUUCAGCGGCGGCGUUACGGAUAGUAUAGUGAUGGAGUACAGUCAGAGUCCUUCCCGUUUCAGUGCCGAUUUCGCGGCCGCCAUGAUCAAGAUGGGAGAUCUUCAGCCUCUCACCGGAUCCGCAGGCCAGGUUAGAAAGAUUUGCAGCGCCGCCAACAAAUGA